AUGGAAAAGCCCUUUGAAUUCAACUCCAUCAUCUCUUUCUUUGUCACCCUACAGACAACCUAUUCUGAGAGCAAACCUGGUGAGAAUCAGACUGUCUCUAAUGGAUUCAUCCUGGUGGGAUUUUCCUACCUGAACGAGCUACAAGUCCUUCUAUUUCUGGUGCUUCUGGUCCUCUAUCUGGCCAUCCUGAUAGGGAACCUGCUCGUUAUCCUCCUGAUAAAGCGCAGCCCCUCCCUCCACACCCCCAUGUAUUUCUUCCUGGUGAACCUGUCCUGCGUGGGAAUUUGCUUCACCACCAGUAUUUUCCCGCAGCUGCUAGUUCACCUCCUGGUGGAGGAAAAGUUUAUCUCCCUUGCUGGCUGCGCGGCCCAGAUGUAUGUCAUGACCAUUAUGGGCCUCACAGAAUGCCUCCUCCUUGCGGCCAUGGCCUAUGACCGCUACGUAGCCAUCUGCCACCCUUUGCACUACACGACCAUCAUGAGCAGCCAGGCAUGUGCACAGCUCGCGGGGGUGUCAUGGCUCAUCAGCAUCUCGGUGGAAGUAGCUCAAACCACAUGGAUCUUCAGCCUGCCCUUCUGUGGUUCCAACCACGUCCACCACUUCUUCUGCGACAUCCCACCCGUGCUGAAGAUGGCCUGUGCUGACACAUCCAAAAAUGAGAUCAUGGUCUUCACCGUGUCAUUUCUGUUCAUAUUGGGUCCUUUUUUAUUGAUAAUCCUGUCCUACGUCCUCAUUAUCUCUACCAUAAUCAAGCUGCCGUCGGCGGAGGGGAGGCGUAAAGCCUUCUCCACCUGCUCCUCCCACCUCAUUGUGGUGACUUUGUUCUAUGGACUGGCCCUUAUUACCUACCUGGGACUCAGGUCAAGUUCUAGCCCAGAGACAGGUCAAGUUCUUGUCCUAAUUCACAUAACUGUGACACCGCUGUCAAAUCCCAUAAUAUACACUCUGAGGAACAAGGAGGUGAAGGGAGCCUUUAGGAAAACCAUGGAGAAAAAUAUAUUUUCCAGCAGCUGA